UUGAUCUCCAAAAUCAUUUCAUUAUUUCAUUUUCCAAUAAACAACGACAUUUGCACGUCGUCCAUACGAACCAAGCAUUUGGGUAACGCGUGGUGGAUUGUGCAAACCGAGAAAUGACUGCGAGAAAAUAAAAACGAGCUUUCGUGAGGAAGAGCGAGAAAGAAAGUGGAAAGAGAUGAGGAAGGGCAGUUCCGUUCUUUAAUUACAAUCCUUGCGUUCAUUUGGUGAAGGAGGCGGAAGAAGGAGAGGAGUAAACAGAGCCCAAAUCAGAUUUCAAAGCCCUUGAAAAGGAGGCAUAAAUAGGAGAGUCCCCAGGCUUAAAAUAGAAUUAGUCAAACACCAAGUCUAGUGAGGAGAGUUGAAGAAGCUAUCAAGAAAUGAAAGAUAGUUGUGUACGGAGACCCCAAACAAAAUGAAAGUCUGUUCAGUAUUUACUUCUCAGUGGGUAUGCAAAUGUUUGAUGCUCUCGUGAUGGAGUCACAGAAUCUUCCUGUAACUGACAGCUUGCUUGCUUAUAUCACUGUGCUUGCCCAGUUAAAAGGUAAAGAUGCCAAAGGAUGCAAAGCAAUGCAAUAACUCAAGUUCAAUCAAGAAUAAGCAUGAUCGGCAUCAUCCUUACUACAAUCCGUCUCUUGAAGGAAGCACAUCAAAAGAUGGAGAAAUUGAUGCUCAAAAGAAAGAAUGGGAUGAUGCUGUAUGCCCCAUUUGUAUGGAGCAUCCACACAAUGCUGUCCUCCUCGUCUGUAGUUCUUAUGACAAUGGUUGUUGUCCAUACAUGUGUGAUACUAGUUAUCGACAUUCAAAUUGCCUUGAUCAGUAUAGAAAGCCGCGGUCAAAUUGCCGAACUCUUGAAGCAAUUAUGGACAAUGCAGGGACUCAAGCUUCGGGUGUAAGAGCUUUGACAAACUUUGAUGAAAUUGCUGGAACAGGUGGGCAAGGAAAUACCAGAGUGAAUCCUUCUGAUACAUGGGCAUCAAGUUCAGAAGCAUUGGAAGAUUCACCGACAAGAAGUGCAUUGCAGUCAGGGAGGACAAGUUCUAGACUGAUAAGACAGGAUGCAAAUGGAGCAGCUCUUCUCAUGAAUACUCGGCAUCAUAGGAGUGGGACAGAUGUUUUCCUGAAUGAUGACAUUGAAUUGAAAUGCCCUCUUUGUAGAGGUACAGUGAAUGGCUGGAAGGUUGUAGAAGCUGCUAGGGAGUAUUUGAAUAUGAAGACAAGAAAUUGUUCUCAUGAAUCCUGCGCUUUCAAUGGAACCUAUGAAGAAUUGCGCAAACAUGCAAGAACUAUGCAUCCCACAGCUAGACCAGCAGAUGUGGACCCUACCCGUCAACGUGCUUGGAGGCAUUUAGAACAUCAGCGUGAUUUUGGGGAUGUUCUGAGUACUAUACGAUCUGCCAUGCCCCGUGCAGUUGUGCUUGGGGAUUAUGUUCUUGAAAAUGAAGAUGGUAUUCAUUUUGACCAGGGGAAUGAAAGUGACAUUUUGACAUCUUCUCGAAGUUGGUGGACAACAUUCUUCUUGUUUCACAUGAUUAGUCCCAUUUCUUCGCUUGCAGAUGCUAGAGGAUUUCCGGCAAGAUGGAGGGCUGCAAGGAGGCAACUUGUAUCUCCUGGUAUGCUUUCAGUACAACCCAUGUUGGCUGAACAUAUAAUGGGUACUGAUGAAGAAGAUUUGGACAGUGUUUCAACUAAUGAGGCAGCUGAUAGUGCUCCUGGACCUAUUAGGAGAAGACGAUCAACAAGGUUCAGACCUGAUAGUGAAUUGCCAUAAGUUGCUUUCUGCCUUAACGUUUGUGAGUGCACAAACCAUCUAGUUCUUUACAAGAUAGUGGUGGUGUUUUAAACUUUUAACUGUACAUAAUAGUAGGUUUUUGUUUGUUAGACCUGAAUUAUCAUCCAUUUAAAGGAAGCUCUUUAUCAUUACAGGCUGAAAUGCUCCAUAUACUAGAAGCUCCUGUAUAUGAACAUGAAGCAGGCCUGCCUUUGGUGUAAUUUAUUCUUUGAACCAUUUUCUCUCGAUUAUUUUAUGCAACUUAUAUAGUUCGACUUCGCAGGGAGCUGGAUUAAAAUGUCUUAAUCUUAUAAAUGUGCAUUCUUCAUUGAAUUUUGAAAUACAAUUGGUGUCAUGAUUAUCUU